AUGUCCUUCGCCAGUUCUGCAGCGCAGACGGAGACGGCCCCGCACCUGCAGUUUCCGCUCUUCCACCCCGCUCCGUCAGGCCUGGAGAAUAUGACGCCGUUCCCGCCGAAGGACGAGGUCAUGCGGGGAGCGCUUACUCCACCGAGCUUCACGCUCAGCCCGAGCAUGGACUUGAGCGAUGACGAGCCCGGCCUCCAGCCAGCGCUGAAGAAAUACAAGCCCGCCAAGCCCGCGGGCGACAUGGACAAGAAGGUGCAGUUCCACCCGAUGAAGGCCGUCAAGAUGGUGACGUACCUGGAGGGGCCCAAGCCGUGGAGGUUGGUGCAGAUAAAGCAGCGGGCUGACGAGGACGGCAUCUUAUACCCGAAGUACUGGGGCACGCUCGCGUACCGCAAGAUGCUGAAGACUCACUUCUUGGGGCGCUACGUGAAGGAGGGGUGCAAGUGCAAGAAGGACGAUGAUGGGAAGGACGACGUGUGCUUCUAUUGUAGCCGUGUGCACCAGAUG